CAGUCUGCAAGGAAACAUGGACCUUACGUUAUUCAAACAGUGGACACUUUAAUUCACAGUAAUCCACUGCGAUCUAUAUACACGAACAACUUGUACUUAUAACUUGGAGUAAACUUGCUUCUAUACGAUGAAUUAAGUAAUACGCGAUGGAGAGAACGGAUUGUUUAAAUAACAACUUGGAUCGAUCAAGUUCUAGCAUAAAGAAACCCCAUGUAGCGACAAAGAUUACAGAUGUUUAUCUAGAGGACGAAACCCUGACACUCUGGCUCCCAGCAACUGACAGCAAACAGUAUCAUCUUAUACCUGAAACUAUCAGAGGAGAAGAAUGGGCACUGCUUCUUCAACUUUACUACACAAAGUUCGACUGUGUUAGUUGUGUUCUGCCUUUCGAUGAAGCAGUCCCAGUUAUUACUCACCAAGCCACUACCUUGCUGCCCACUCAGGAUUACUCCAUUCUCCGAAACUAUCCUAGAAUUAAGGGCUUAUGGUUCCGACCUGAUCGAUCCGAUUCCGUUGGACUUGACGACGAGUCUGUUGUUGGAAAUAUCAAAUUCUCCUUUACCUUCCCAGAGCAGGAGAAAGAAAAUCUCUUAAGCAACAUGAACAUUUACUUCCUUGAGGUCUUGGAUUAUGAAUCCGAUGACAAAUCGGUGUCGAGGUUCCUCAUUACCAAAGAAACGUACGCAGAACUUCCAAAGUAUGAUAUCUUUAAACCAGGCGGACCAAUUUUUAUUAAAAAGGAGAAGAAUGAGGAAGGGACAGAAUCAGAAACCUACUACUUUCUGAAAAUUUGUCAGAGUUACCAAGGCAAAGCAAUGGAACACGUAGUAGAACUGAUCCUUGAAGAAGACCCAUGGCCGAUGUGUAAAGUAUCGUCAGUGACGCACAAACCACUCUGCAGUCGCUCAUCAGUCCAUGAUCAUACCGAGGAUUUAACCAGGGAACAUCAUUUUAACAUGCGAUAUUUUGGGGCACCUUGGGACCAAGCCCUGGCCGGACUUUUUGCGUGGUCACUUAGGGCAAACAUUCCUUGGUUAGUGUACGAGAGACUUCACGAAAACAUUAAGGGUUCAGUAAAUCUGGCGGCUUUGACAACACCCUUUCAUCAAGUUUUCACUGCAAAAGUCCCAGCAAUAUGCAGCAAGAAAAUCGAUCUGCUCUUUCAGCUUGCACCAUUUGUUGAUAAGUGCGAAAAUCAGCAGGACCUGGUUCAACUUAAAGAGCUUCAUAGUUCUCUUCAUCGCUGUAGUGCCUCUUGUACGUUUAAAAGUUUGAAAAAUAUAGAAAUGAACAAAAUUCUGUCACCCUAUUUGUCUUUGCUAGAAAGAAUUAUCGCUUGCGUUUCAACUGCUGUCAGGAAAGAAUUAAUGAACGCCCUUCUACCAUGGUCAGUGAUGGCAUACCAUUUUCAUGAUCACCAGAUUGAAAGUUGUAUGAAAAUGGUAGGAUUCAUUUACCAACUUGAAGGAAUACGGAAUAUAAAUAGACCACCUGAAUCCUCAUUAAACAGUUCUUUCUUCUUCCCCUCUACAUCUGGGGGCUACACCACUGACGUCACAUCCGGGAUACAUUCAUUGAGCACGUCACCAGUCAUGUGGGAGGAGGAGAUGAGUCCUUAACCAACUCUUACAUAUUGUUAUGAUUUAGACAUUUCAUU